AUGGUCCGUCGUCCCAUCAUCGCCAUCGCCGGCCUCGCCUGCGAAACAUCAACCUUCACCCCAUCACGGACUCUCGCCCCCGCAUUUCACCCCAAACGAGGCGACGAAAUCAUCCAACGGUACCAGUUCCUCCACGCCGACCAGCCACUCGGCCAAGAUGCAGAAUGGAAAGGCGCCCUCAUCGGCCACGCCCUCCCCGGCGGUGUCGUAACCCGCGACGCCUUCGAAACACUGGCCGCCGAGAUCCUCCACCGGCUCCGGGACAUUGCUGCCCUCCACAAACUCGACGGGCUGUGGCUCGACAUCCACGGCGCCAUGGUGGUAGAAGGCAUCGACGACAGCGAAGCCGAGCUCCUCCGCCGGAUUCGCCGCGUCACCGGCGCCCACGUCAUCGUCUCGGCGUCAAUGGACCUCCAUGGGAACGUGUCCCGGGACCUCGCCCACAUGUGCGACCUCAUCACCUGCUACCGGAUGGCCCCCCACGAAGACGCCAUGGAGACAAAGGAGCGCGCGUGUAGGAACCUAGUCGGCGUCUUGAAGUCGAAACCUCCCGGUGCGCGGCCGCUCAAGGCCUGGGUUCCCAUUCCCGUCCUCCUGCCCGGGGAGCAAACCUCCACGCGGACAGAACCCGCAAAGCACAUCUACGCCGCCGUUCCAGAGGUAGAAGCAACCGAGGGCGUCGUCGACGCAGCGAUAUGGGUCGGGUACGCCUGGGCAGAUGAGCCGCGGAAUCGUGCCGUCGUCAUGGUCACAGGCUGGGACAAGCACACCGUGGCCAGGGGAGCAGAGCGGCUGGCGAGACUAUUCUGGGACGCCCGCGCUGCUUUUGAAUUCGUCGCGCCCACAGGGUCCUACGCAGAGUGCCUCGAUGCGGCAGUCGCAUCUCCACCCUCGCAGAGGCCGUAUUUCAUUUCGGAUUCGGGAGACAACCCCACGGCCGGGGGCUCCGGGGACGUAACCUGGGGCUUGACCCGGCUGCUGGAGCGCCCCGAGUUCCAGGACGCCGGCUCCGGGUAUACCGUCAUAUACGCGAGCGUGCCGGGGCCAGAGGCCGUGGCCGCCGCGGCAGAGGCGGGCGUCGGCGCGACAGUCACGGUCACGGCCGGCGGCGAGGUCGACAGCAUCCACGCGCCGCCGCUCACAAUGACCGGCAGAGUCUGCGCCGUCAAGCAUGGGGACCGGGAUGCCGAGACCGAAGUUGUGCUGCAGGUGGGCUCCGUCUAUGCUAUUCUUACCAAGUUGCGGAAGCCGUAUCACAAGGAACGAGACUUUACCGAGUUGGGCCUCAGGCCGAGGGCGGCAGAUGUGGUGAUUGUCAAGAUUGGGUAUCUGGAGCCAGAGCUAUAUGACAUGGCCAAAGGCUGGAUGCUGGCCUUGACUCCUGGUGGCGUCGAUCAGGAUCUGGAGAGGCUGGGUCAUCAUAGCAUCCGGAGGCCCAUGUGGCCGUUUGACAAGGCGUUUGAGAAGGACCCCGACUUGGAAGCAAGAUGGAUACCAGCUUCUAACGAGCCUUUGGAGGGGCCUGAUGAGUAG